CCAGGUGAGACGGUGUUUAUAAAGCAGCAGCUUGGCAGCAACACACUAUUUAAUACAGCAGACACCAGAGCUGAUACAAUACAGACUGCCAGACUUUUUCAUAGGAGGGACGCAACAUGAGAAUACUUUUACUUCUAGCUGCCAUAGCUGCAGUAUCACAGGCCCAGACGGACUGCUCUCGGGGGGCUUGUUACCCACCCAGCAAUGACCUGCUUAUGGGCAGAGCUCAGCAGCUCCAUGCCUCCUCAACUUGCGGCCUCACGGGCUCCGAGAUUUACUGCACCCCGUACCAACAGAGGAGGAUGAAGUGUUGUCCGUGUGACUCCAGGAACCCAAAAGGCCAGCUGGCCCACACUGUCCAGGACGCCCUGUCCACCUCUGGACCAGAUAGAUGGUGGCAGUCCAAGAAAGAUGUGAAUCCAGUCACCCUCCAGUUGGACCUUGACAACCUGUUCCAGCUUGACAACCUGGUGCUGAGCUUCAAGGGUCCUCGUCCCAAUGCCUUUGUCAUAGAGAGGACGCAGGAUAACGGUCAGUCGUGGCAGCCCGCUCUCUACUUGGCUACUGACUGUCAAGAAACCUUUCCUGGCAUUCCCACAACAACACCUCUAACCCUGGAUGACACAUACUGCUACACACUGCCCCCUACUGGAGCAGAUCCCUACCAUGAUCACACAAUCCAAUUCAGUCCCCUCCGCCAGUAUGCUUAUGUCCCAGCUCCCAAAAGCCAAAAAAUAGAAGAUGCGGCUGCGUUAACGGGGCUGAGGGUGAAGUUCACCGAGCUGGGAGAUGUGCCACGGCCUCCAGGCAGAGCUCUCAGUAGGUUUUAUGCCCUGAAGGAGAUAAGGGUGAUGGGCAGCUGUAUGUGCCAUGGACACGCCAGCCAAUGUCUGCCCGACAAUAACAGCAACCUGCUGCCCGACAGCAUACAGGUUCACCCUCAGUGUGACUGCCAGCACAACACAGCAGGUGUGAACUGUGAGCGCUGUGCUGACCUCUACAAUGAUCUCCCCUGGAGACCUGCGGAGGAGGGCUACACCCAUACCUGCAAACGCUGUGAGUGUAACAACCACGCCCAGCGCUGUCGUUUUGACGAGUCGGUGUACGAGGCCAGCGGGCGGAUGAGUGGAGGUUUGUGUGAGGGCUGCAUGCACCAUACCACAGGGCCAAAGUGUGACCAGUGUGCCCCGGGCUACCAGCCAAACCCCAACAGAAUGGACCGCCCCGACGCCUGCAUACGUUGUGUCUGCAGUGCUGACGGGACGGUGAAUGGGGGCCGGUGUGACGACAGCACAGGCUCCUGUCUGUGUAAAGUGAAUGUCGAAGGUCCCCGCUGUGACCGCUGCAAGAGAGGCUACUACAACCUGAGCCCCUCCAACCCUCUGGGCUGCUCCAAGUGCUCCUGUUCUCCAGAUGGGUCCCUGUCAGAUGUUUGUGACCCGAUGACCGGCCAGUGUCCCUGUCGCUCCCACUUCCAUGGCCUGACCUGUGAAGUGUGUUCAAAAGGCUACUGGAAACCAUCCCUGUCAGGGCGCUGCGAACCCUGCAGCUGUGACCCCACCAGGUCAUACAGUGAUACCUGUGACCAGGUGACAGGUCAGUGUCAGUGCAGACCAGGCUUUGGAGGCCUGACAUGUACCGAGUGCCCAGAGAACGCAUACGGAGACCCUCUCAUAGGCUGCCGAUUGUGCCGCUGUGACGCUGAAGGAACACUUCCAGAAGUUUGCGACAAGCAGACGGGGGCCUGUUUGUGUCGGCCCGGCGUCACCGGAACUCGCUGUGACUCAUGCAUUCGAGGACACUGUGACUCCUUCCCUGGCUGCGAGACAUGCCCCUCCUGCUUCUUCGCCCUGGAUGCCCAAAGACAGAACCUCAGCUCUGCUCUGGAGAGACUCUCCCUCAGAUUACCUUCUCGUCCUGUAGGUGAUGGUGAUCUUGGAAAUUUAGAACCUCGCAUCCGCGUACUGGAGGCCAGCUUGGCCCUGAUUCAGAACUCAAUCUCCCUUCCACCCGGUGCUAAAACAGAGAUGGAUGAUGCUCUGUCCCAACUGAACACACUCAGGGACGAGAUGGACAAGAUUAAUGAUGACCUUUCUCCUCUGGAGAGAACUCCUGGUCUGGACUCAGAGCUGGACAGACUGCAGACUCUGCUGGACCGCCUCACUCUGGACUACAAAGUCAAGAAAGAUGCAAAGGACAACUCUGUCAGUCAAAACAAUUCAGGAUCAUUAACUGGCAUCAAGAACGCCUACGAUGAAUCCACAGAUGCAGCUAAGAAAGUGGAUGCCAGCAGGAAGCCACUGAAGGAGUCAGCUGAUACCAGAGAAGAAACUAUGGACCUUCAAAACGAAGUACAACCAGGCAACACCAGAGACCUGGACAAGCUGAACCAGAGCAUGGCCUCCCAACCCAACCUUACUCCCGUUGCCAAACAGGUCUGUGGCAGUGUUCGCUCAGAGCCCUGCACCCCUCUGCAGUGUGCGGGCGGAGAUCUGUGUCCACCGGACGGAACCCCACCUUGUAAGAAGGGUGAAGUGUGUGUGGGCGCCCUGCCUCUAAGCAAGAGGGCGGAUGCUGAUGUCACGGACGUGAAAGACCGACUGGACAAGCUCACAGGAAAAAUCACAGAUGCUGCGGAGAUGCUGCAGCAAACACAGGAGACAACCAACCAGGUGAGACAGUCUGCAGAGAAGCUGUCCAAUAAGAUGAAACAGGCCAGAGAUGACCUCGAAGACGACUUGAAAGAGACGCGUGAUGUUGUGAAGGAGCUCAAAGAUUUCCUGUCAGACCCGUCCUCCAACCUGACCCACAUCCAGGAGGUUAGCGACUGGAUUCUGAAAGCCAAACUGCCUCUCAAGCCAGCUGUUCUGAAGAAGAAGCUGGAGGAGCUGAAGAAUCUGGCGGCCAGUCUACCAGACAGCACGUCCGUGUUGAAGGAUGCAGAGCCACAGCUGGACAAAGCCAGGAAACUGCUGCAAGAGGCAAAGGACGCCAGGGAUACAGCACAAGGAGUAAAGGAUGGGGUGGAUAAGUUGCUGACAGGCUUCGGCUCGGUGGAGGGCUCCCUCUCUGACGUGGAGGAAAAACUGCAGAACAGCAUGGAUCUCAUAGACAACCUGAACUACAACCUGACUAAGGUCAAAGACCAGCUGCGCCCCGCUGAGAAGACUCUGGAUGAUGUAUCAAAACUGAUAAAGCCAAUGAAGCCUCAGCUGGACGAGCUCAAAGACCUGCUGCAUAACGGAGACCAGUUGGCCCAUGAUGCUUCGGAUGAUGCAAGCGCAGCUGUGGAUGAAGCAGCUGUUGCAAAUAAGGAUCUGUUGUCAUUGGAGAAGGAGCUGGAUCGUCUUAAAGACAAGGCUCCAGCCAGUGGGUCAGGUGGAGAGACGGGGCCGUUGGGGGAUCGAGUGGCGAAGCUGCACAACGAUGCUGUAGCUCUGGACAACACCACUAACAACAUGGUGAAGGCUCUGGAAGGUAAAGCAGAUUCUCUACGGAAUCUGCAGGACGAGAUCACUCAGCAGUCAACAAAGCUUGAAGGACUUGAUGAUAAGCUUCAAAUGCUUUUGACAGAACUUCGAAAAAAUGCCAAACUCCUCAGCAGCUGCCGGGGUUGAAAGGCCUUGAGCCGCCGGUUCCGAGCAGCGCAGCAUCUGCUCUCACUGCAGCGCUUCAUACCAGCCUGCCACACCAUUCACUCCCUCGACUGGGAGAAGAACUCUACUCACUUUACUAAAGGGGGGAAUUCCGUCCUCUUCUCUGGCAGUUGUCAAAGAAUUGUGGGAAAUGUAGGAAGCUAUAAUCUGGGGUUGAAUGAGAUAGAGGGGUUCAGGGCAACGUAAAGGACUACUCUCAGCCCAGUCGCCAGGACAGAAUGUUGGCAUUGUAUGUUUAUGCAAAGCACAGAUACGUUGACUGUUGAUGUCAUUUUUUGAUUUUGUAUUUAGUCAGAGUAAAUAACAUAUGAUAAUAUAUCGAGCAUCGUGGUAUAAUAUAUAUAAAGCAUAAUAAGCAAGCAAGUCUGUUAAGAGUGCGUGGAAGGGGUGGUGGAUGAACAAAUGUUCACCAAGGUGACUGAUGUUUGUGUCACGUGUGAAACCCCUUGUAAUGUAACGUAGAAAAGUCUGAUAAAGGAAGUUGUUAUUUAUGUACGCAUGUUACAUUAAUACGUUACGUUAUUAGUUUAACACAAACCAUGAUAUUGUUUUCUAGCCUUAACCAAGCACUUUUGUUUCCUCAACCUAACCUGUGUUUCUGAUAUGAAACAUAUACGUGAAACCUAUUUUUGAUUCAACGUAUUCCGUGAUUUGCAGAAACGUACAAUGCCGAAAUCUUUUCUGUUUCUCAUCAUCAUAAAGUAACUCCUGGAAUAUAUUUAAAAUUAAAUAGGGGGGGGGGGGGUCUGUAGGUUUCAAUUACAAUACAAAAUCCACAAUGUAUGUAAAUACAUAUAUAUUACAUACAUUGUGGAAUACAUAUAUAUAUUUGAAAAAGUUUGUCAGCUUCUGACUUACUGACAGCAAAGAGCAAACAAUCUUGUAUUGGUCAGCAGCAAUACACAGCAA